CUGACUGUAGAGGGCAGCAUGUCCCAUCCCAGGAUACAGCCUGGCGGUCUUUCAGCAGAAGAAGAAGAAACGAUUUUUGCCCGGGUUGCUAAAACAUCACUUUUAUGUUAUAGACGUCGAUCAAACCAGCGCUAAAUGAUUUGUUUUUUGCUAACCUAACGAGUGUGAGAUACCUGAAGGAGACGUGUUAAUGUAAAUCCGCAGGAUGAAGGUGAAAAUCAAACAGUGGAACGGGGUUGCCUCCUGGCUCUGGGUGGCCAACGAUGACAACUGUGGGAUCUGCAGGAUGGCCUUUAACGGCUGCUGUCCUGACUGCAAAGUGCCUGGGGAUGACUGCCCGCUGGUCUGGGGUCAGUGCUCCCACUGUUUCCACAUGCACUGCAUCCUGAAGUGGCUGAACUCACAGCAGGUCCAGCAGCAGUGCCCCAUGUGCCGGCAGGAGUGGAAGUUCAAGGAGUGAACCUGUGGAGGCGUCGCUGCCACAGAGACGAAAGGCUCGCAGACUUUUAUGUAGACUGUAAAUAAAUCUGUGUUGGUACUUCUACUAAUGCAGAACACACGCUGAAUAGGUUUUACUGUAGUGGAUUUGUGAUUAAAUUAAAUAAGAAAAAAAAUGCGUUGUAUUGAGUCUGUCUUGGAGGUCUGGCUGAUUAUUUCCUUGGAUUGUGAAGUUUAUGACUUUGAUUUCAUGGCAGCUCCACACUGAUGUAUUAUUUCUUGUUUGUUUGUUUGUGUAGCUUUUCAUAUUUCAGAACCUGUCUGGAUAAAAAUGGACAAAAAAUUUACAAGGUUAUCAAAACAAUGCUACUUAAAUAUCUUCUAUUCAGUUUAUCCCUUAACUCUUGAAUGUCUCCACAAACUAACAUAAAUUGUUUAAGUAAGGUCUUAAAUAACUUCAGUGCUCUCUAACAAUUAUUUUCUAAUUCUGCACAUCUAAUGGAGCCAUAUAGACCAUUCUUCCAGAACAUAUCCUCUUAUUUACUGACACACUGGGGUUGGAGACAUGUUUCCUGUAGAUGAGCUUAGAUCUGGGGACAAUGAAGGCCGUAGCAGGUGAUUCACAUCAUUUUCAUCCUCAUCAAACUAUUCAGUGACCCCUGCUGUGCUGCGGUGAGAGAUGACUCCCAUCUGGAUCCAGUUGUUUUAUCAAGAACAAAGGUCCAACAUGAUCACUAUGUAAUGAUUUGUACUGACUGUUCCUUCCAGUGCUUUUUAUUUCACCCCUCAUUUAAGAGCCCAUAUAUUUUUUCAUCAAUGAUUAAUAAAAUGUUUGUA